AUGUACGGACUUAUUCGUAAUUUAACGUCCCCGGAAAAGCCAUCUGAUAAAUCCUAUGCAGAAUUGAAAACGUUGAUAGCACAACACUUGAAACCGAAACCACUAGCGAUUGCGGAGCGAUUUCUCUUUUACCAGAGAAAUCAGGGAAAACAGGAAACUGUUAGUCAGUAUAUUGCUGAACUUAGAAAGCUUAGUGAACAUUGUGAUUUUGGUGAGUUUUUGAAUCAAGCAUUACGUGAUCGUUUAGUGUGUGGUCUUUCAUCACUGGCAACCCAGCGGAAAUUAUUAGCUGAGGACAAAUUAGAGUUAAAGAGAGCCGUGGACAUAGCAAUUUCUAUGGAACUCGCUGAGAACGAAGCCCGCAAACUAAAGGCUGACGCUCAGGAUGCUCACGGACAUGAAACUGUACACAAGGUCAGUGUUGUAAAGAGUAAACCUUGCUACAGGUGCGGGAAGACUAACCACACACCCGAUAAGUGCUUUUACAAGAACAGUAAAUGUCACACAUGUCAGGAAAUGGGACAUAUACAUAAAAUGUGCUCGAAAAAGAAAUCCGUGCAACAUAAGAAACAAAAGAAGAAAUCCAAGUUAAAUUUUGUGACCGAAAACCAGAACUGUUCAGAUGACGACAAUGAAAAUGAACAUUGGCCUAUUUUCUCACUGUCAGGGGAAAACAGAGGAGUCAACGCAAUGAAGUUUUCUGUAACACUGGAAGGUAUACCUAUUGAAAUGGAUUUGGACACUGGUGCCUCUAUUUCAGUGAUAUCAGAACAGUUGUACCACACUCACUUACAGAACAAAGUGACAUUGUGUCCUAGUGAGGCUAUUCUGAAGACAUAUUCAGGUGAACCGUUAGGAGUGUUGGGUGAAGUGAAAGUGAAUGUGAAGUAUCAGACACAGAUGAAAACUUUACCUGUUGUUGUUGUGAAAGGAAAUGGACCAGCUUUGUUUGGUAGAAAUUGGAUGGAAGCUAUAAAACUUGACUGGCAUUCAAUCCACUUUAUGGCUGGUGACUUGAAAAAGUAUUCUGUGUUCGACAACAAACUCGGAUGCAUUAAAGGAGUAACCGCUUCCUUAAAGGUCAAGGAUGAUGUGGAACCAAAAUUCUUCAAGCCGCGACCAGUACCAUUUGCAUUGCGCGAUAAAAUUUCCAAGGAAUUAGAUAGACUUGAAAAGACUGGUAUCUUGGAGAAAGUAGAAUGUUCGGACUGGGCUGCUCCAAUAGUACCCGCAAUGAAGGCGGAUGGAUCAGUACGCAUUUGUGGCGACUUUAAAGUUACCGUAAAUCCAUACCUAGAUAUCCCAGAGUACCCUUUCCCAACGAGUGAAGAAUUAUUUACUAAACUCAAUGGUGGAGAAAAGUUUUCUAAGCGGGACCUGUCUCAAGCUGAUAACCAAGUAGUGUUGGAUAAGGAGUCUAGGAAGUAUGUGACUAUAAAUACUCAUCAAGGACUGUAUCGGUACACUCGCUUACCUUUUGGUAUUGCGUCAGCCCCAGCUAUUUUUCAGCGUACCAUGGAUACCAUUCUUCAGGGUCUGGACAAGGUUGGAUACAUACUUGAUGAUAUACUAGUUACCGGUGUUAACGACGGUGAACACAAACAGAUUCUGGAAACUACACUUCAACGAUUAGACAAUUAUGGUGUGAAGCUACAAAAGUCAAAGUGUCAGUUCAUGCAGGACCAAGUUGAGUACUUUGGUUUUAUUGUGAGCAAGGAGGGGAUUAAGCCUUCACCGAAGAAACUCGAGGCAAUAAGGAACAUGGAGGACCCGAAGUCCAAGAAGGAACUUCAGACAUGGUUAGGAAUAGUGAACUACUAUCGGAAAUUUGUACCAAACAUGUCAACACUAAGUGGACCACUCACACAUCUGUUAGCUCAAGAUGUUACCUGGACCUGGACCCAAGAAUGUUCUGAAGCUUGUGCAAAGAUCAAGGAUCUGUUAGUUUCUUCUCAAGUUAUGGCUCACUAUAACCCUCACAAACCACUGGAGUUAGCUGUUGAUGCUUCUGGAUAUGGACUCGGUGCUGUGAUCUCCCAUACCGACGGUGCAAGUGAAAAACCUAUUGCGUAUGCUUCUCGAACCUUAACUGCUGCUGAGAAGAAUUAUUCGCAAAUCGAAAGGGAAGCCCUUGCGAUAAUCUUCGGAGUGACCAAAUUUCAUUCAUAUUUGUAUGGACGGAAGUUCACCCUUAUCACCGACCAUAAACCAUCAACUACCAUAUUUGGACCAAAGAAAGGCAUUCCUGUCUUGACUGCUUCUCGACUACAGCGUUGGGCAUUGCAACUCACUUCUUACCAGUUUGAUAUUAAAUACAGAGCAACUGGGAAACACCAAAAUGCGGAUACUCUAUCACGAUUUCCGAUGAAUCUCAUGGAUGAUUCAAGGACACAACUUGACAAAGAGACAGAACUUAUACAUAAAAUACAGAUCCAAAACUUACCUGUGACUGCGGAUAAAGUGGCCGCUGCAACCAAAAAUGAUGUUGUAUUGUCUCGUGUAAUGGAGUUUACAAGAAGUGGUUGGCCAAGUUCACAACCUGACAUAAACUUAUUACCAUACUUUAGAGUACGCAGUGAGUUAACCAUUGAAGAUGGAUGUUUGCUGAGAGGGAUCAGAGUUGUCAUCCCUGAAAAGUAUCGACAAGAUGUACUUGAGGAAUUACAUGUUGCUCAUCCAGGAAUGGUCCGGAUGAAAUCAUUAGCCAGACUUCAUGUAUGGUGGCCUGGAUUGGAUUCGGACAUUGAGACCAAAGUCUCACAAUGUGGAUCGUGCAGGAUGCAGUUACCAAACUUACCUAAAGCUCCAGCGAAUCCAUGGAUAUGGCCGAGCGCACCCUGGAAACGAGUGCAUAUCGACUUUGCAGGACCGUUCAUGCAGCGUAUGUUUUUGAUAAUCGUGGAUGCAUAUUCCAAAUGGAUGGAUGUAGUGAUGAUGAAUUCUACAACUUCUGAGAGUACUAUUAAUGCAUUGCGAUAUCUAUUCUCCUCAUAUGGACUACCAAUAGAGAUUGUGUCAGACAAUGGACCGUAG